UGGUUUAUAUAUAUAGCGGUAGUUUCUGCAAAGUCGGUGUAUUUGUGUUCUGCGUGACUUGUGAGGGUUUAGGGGACACACAGCAGGCUUAAGCUUCGGCUUCUACCUCUCACUCUCUGCGAUUCGCGAUGGCCGAUGACGACUACGAUGAUAUGGACAUGGGGUAUGAAGAUGAGCCCCCAGAGCCUGAGAUUGAGGAAGGUGCAGAAGAGGAUGUGGAUAACAACAAAAACGAGGAAAUAACUGGUGAACCUGUUGACACUGAGGAUAAGGAAGAGGAACAACAAGUAGAGCGGCCUCGAAAGACAUCGAAGUACAUGACUAAGUAUGAGCGUGCUAGGAUUUUGGGUACCCGUGCUCUUCAAAUCAGUAUGAAUGCACCUGUUAUGGUCGAGUUAGAGGGGGAAACUGACCCACUUGAGAUUGCCAUGAAGGAACUUCGAGAGCGCAAAAUACCCUUCACCAUCCGCCGCUACUUACCUGAUGGAAGUUAUGAAGAUUGGGGAGUUGAUGAACUGAUUGUGGAAGAUUCUUGGAAGAGGCAAGUGGGUGGUGACUGAUGGUUUGUAUUGUCAGAGGUGUGGGGAGGUGUAAAGUAAAGGACACUAAAACUCCUGUCUUUUCACAACCAUUAUCUUUGAUUUGUUUGACCUUGAUACUGAUCUAUGGUCGUGCCAUAAACUUGCCUUACAGCGAUGUUUUAAUUUUGGGGUGUCUAACCGUCGAUGUUCCUCCGUUGAUUGUGCUUUAGCUUAGUGUAAUUUCUGCU